AUGCCGUUGCUUGCUGUUACCACGGCUGCUAUGCAGGCAACGCCAAAUGUGCCGCUUGCCGCGCAUGCGCCCCCGCAGCACACAGUUGCUGUGGGCCAGUUCUGCCAGUUUCAGCUGGAGCAGACGACUCGGCUGACGCAAACCGUAUCGAAGUCCGUGCGCGCGGCGGCCACGGCCCCGCAAGCCGCCGGGCCAAGGAGCUCUGGGUCUGCCGACCUAGAAACCGUGGAUUGGGUACCGCCAGUCGCCGGGCCGCCGCCGCUGGAGCCGCCGACGCCGCCGCCGCCCACGUCUCCCGAGGUCACUACCCUGACGGGUGCGAUGGAUUCACUGGCGCCCACGGACAGCCCGAUGGCGAACCCACCUAUUGUGGACGCCGCGGCUGUGGGUGGACCGUUGCCUUCUUCCGCACACUUCCCUCGUUUAUGUGUGGAGCGCAGGGCACCGGCCGGGAGGCAGACCGGGGCCAGAGUCGAGGGCCAGAGCAACCCCGGUCCCAUCACUAACGGUCUCACCCACACCUUCUCCCCGUCGUCGUCGUAG